CUCCCAUUGGCUCCCGCGCCUGUCACUCACCCUCUGUCACAAAGGUGUUAUUCAGACGCCUUUGACAGGUACGAAGAUGUCGCCGAGGAGAGGACCGAGGCGAAGGACAUCCUCGGGCUCCCUAGGCUCUGUGCGGGCUUCUCGGACUUAGGCGCGGUGGGAUGCUUCAUGUACCGGACCAGCGAUCACUCCUUCCCGCCUGCGACAGCGAGCACAGCCGGACCCGAGCCCCUGGAUGUAGCCGUGUUAGCAUUCUGCUGCUACUAGCCGCCGCUCAGAAAGCUGUGAUGGUUGUCCACGAUGUGUUGUGAGUGCUGUGAGCAGAGCCCGCCCCUCUCCUGCUCCUCCUCACCUUUGACCCUGCUUUCUCCUGACCCGUGAGUACCUUCCCAACAUGGCUGACAGGAAAGAGCCGCCCUUCUUUAACGAUGAGAGCGUGGGGGCUUUCCAAUACAUGCUGCCCUUCUACGACACCAUGGAGCUUUACAUAGAGACGCUGACCGGCACCUGCUUCGAGCUCAGAGUCCUGCCCUUCGAGGCUGUUGUCUCCGUCAAGGCUAAGAUCCAGAGACUAGAAGGGAUCCCUGUGGCUCAGCAGCACCUGAUCUGGAACAAUGUGGAGCUGGACGACGAGCACUGUCUGCACGACUAUGGGAUCGCUGAGGGAUGCACGCUGAAGCUAGUCCUGGCCAUGAGAGGAGGACCAAUUAACACCAGGAAAGUGACCAUGGAGGAGCCUACGAAGGAUGUGUCUGAGCUGAUGGAGAGCACCAAAGAGGAGGGAUGGGACAAGGCCGUGCCCAGUAAACAGGUCACGUUUGUGGUCUACAGAGAGGGGGACCAGCUCAACUUCUUCAGAGUGAUGGACAAGGGGGACGGCACCCUCACGCCCCUCUCCCAAUCUGUGAGCGGCGGCUCGGUGUAUAACGUGUACACAGAGGAAGAGGAGGAGGAGGGGGACAGCGCCGCAGCACAACACAGCCGUGAGAACUCCAUCACCAUGACCAAAAUGAGACUGCUCAAAGCCAAGAUGGAGGACAUGAACCUCAACAAGAAGCCCAAGAAAUCAGCCAAGGUGAAGCCCCGCUCACCCGCCAUCCCCCACCCCAGCGGUCCCUCGCUCACCUCCUCCACCACUACCCCUCGACACCACCCCCACCGGCUCUUCAGAUCUCUCUCCCACCUCCACCCAAGUCGUCCCACCAACUCUCAGCUACUUCCCAUCCACGACCAGGACCCCAAUGACCCCUACCCCUCCCACCUUCCCCUGCCCAGGCGCCCCUCCCCCUCCUGCUACAUGCUCCAGGAAGAACAAUGGGACACCUGCCCUCCCCUGGCCAACAUCCGCCCCCCUCCCAAGGUGUCUCGUCUGGACAUGGGUGGACGUCUCAUGCGGGAUUGCGUUUACCCCCAGCUCCCGCCGCUAUGCACUAGGGCUGCACCGGAAGCCAUUUUGGAUCCCGGGGAGAACCUUGGAGACGCACUAGGGUUGAGUUUGCUAGAGGAAACCGCUGGACUCAUGGCGCAGACACAACCCCAGUUUGCAGAAAUGAGCGAUCCAUUGACGUUGGACGUUUCAAGUCCUCAAGAUGGUGCCAUUCGAAUGUCCCCCUCUUUUCAUAUCAGCCCAUCUUCACCCAUACCUACUUCAACAUCUCCGAAUGGUACUUCCAGAACUUUUGAGAGGCAAAGUUUAGUCAAACCGGUCUCGCCCCUCCCCCCACGUUUAAGAGGGGUGAAGGUGGAAUCGCCAGGGAAAAGGCCAGAGUUGAUAUCCAAAAUGGAGGCCAGGGGGAUUACCAGAAUGGACAACCAAGCCUGCAAGGAGCCAGUGGGGUCGCUAAGCCAGUCGGAACUCAUGGCGACACUCUCCGCACGGGCGUUUCAAGGCAGUAGUACUAAUAGAAAUAGUAGCAGUAGGGAGAAGUUGAGUCUUGGAGCAGGUUCCAGGUUGCCGAGCCUCAGUACCAGACUUCACCAGGAGGGGGCCGUCAGACCAGCAUUGCCUCUGCACAGGAGCAUCACAACACAUAUGGCCUCCAACUGUCCUAGCUCUGCCACGGGAGUCCUGACCUCUUUGGGGAGAAUAGGCUCUUCGUCUCACCCUCUGCCUCCGGUCCGGGCCUCUGCCGGCACCAAGAAGAAGACCUCCUCUUCCUCCUCUAAGCACUGCUUCCACUGUGGCAAGAAGACAGGCCUGGCCACCAGCUUCGAGUGCAGGUGCGGUCAGAAUUUCUGUGCCACUCACCGCUAUGCAGAGACCCACUCCUGCUCCUACGACUACAAGAGCGCGGGGCGACGUAUACUACAGGAGACCAACCCGCUCAUCAGCGCCCCCAAGCUGCCCAAGAUCUGAACUGCACCACCCCAUUCUACACCAUAAAGACUUUACACAACUAUCACCACUGUGUGCUUUUAUAUACACAUAUAUAUAUAUCAGCCAAGCAACUAAAGGCGCUGUACCUGAUUUUUACUGUCUUAAAAACAUGAAAAACAAGUUCAUUUUAAACGGUUUGCAGUGGUCCAACGUUAUUCCUCACUUACUAUAUGAAUUCAGAGCAUCCUAAUUAUUCAGUGUUCGGUUUACAAGCUCUUUUCACAACUUUAAGAAGCCAGAGAGGAGUUUUGCAGAUGCUGACUUACUUUGACUUUGCUUAUAUACUAUAUCUGCACUCGGGCAAGACACAUUUUGUUCAAAUACAUUGAAAAAAUCUGGUACAGGUCCUUUAACUGUAAACGCCACAUGUAAACAACGGCUUAAAACUGAAUUUAACCUUUCAAUGUGAACAUAACAUUUACAUACGCUUAUUAUUAUUUGUCAUAUUGCUAAAACAGCAUGUGUGUAAGUAUUUCCUGGUUGCACGUUCAUAUUUUCAACUUAAAGAGGGGGUAUUAUGCAAAAUUUUGUUUUUCGAGUUUUCUACCAUGUUCUACGUUGUUCCCUUAUCAAAAACUCGCCUGAAGAGGUUUGAGUAAGCCGACGAUCUCUCCAGCCCACAUUCCUACAUAACCCACCCUCCUACACAUAAAUAUACAAAAACAGAAUACAAAAUGAUAUACUACAACUUCACAAACCUGAUGCAAUGUACAGUAGUUUCAUUAGUCACAAAGGUAAUUGAUUGGCAGCUAGAGUCACAUUAUUGGCUUAAAUACUCAGUAAAUCCCAUUGAUGUUAUAACUUCAUAUCAUCAAAUGCCUAUAUAUGGGUUUUAGAAUGACACAAUUUAAGACCGUUACCAUAGAGAUAAUCCAAAAUAUUGUACAUCUUGAAUGGGAGAAAGAUCGUCAAAAUGUCGCAUAUGAGGGGAAGCGGCUUCAGAAAUCCUGAUCAGAGCCCCUCUAAUUUCGCUACGUUGUUUUCGUCAAAUUAGCAUUUUCAAAACAAUAAAAGGUAACAUGGAGAUCUAAACGUGUUGGCGUUUAAUGCUCCAUCGAAGUUUAAUACCCCCUCUUGAAAAAUAUUGUUUAUUUUGACAAGUCUUGACAGAUGCACUUUAGACCACACUACAAACUGCUUUCACAUCAGUUAUUUCUAAGGGCACAACGCUACGUAAAAAGGACGCCUAAUUAUUACGGAAUAUUUAUUAAUAAACCUAUUUAACUAUGUUUUUGGAAUAGUGUACGUGUGAAUGUCCUUGUUAUGUAUGCGUACGGGGGCUGUUAGUUAUGGGGGAGGGUAUGGGUAAUUCUUAAUGAUUUUUAUGAUGUGUCUUCAGUGAGGUGGUUGCCAUAAAUAUGAAUCUUUUUGUAUGUCUUUUUUAAUGCUCAGAUGUUGCAAAAAAAAAAAAAAAAAAAAACCUCUUGAUAAGGCUGUUCUCCAGGUUUGUUCUAAUAAAG